AGAAAAGAAAAGCCAUGGGACCAUCAUCGCUGUAGCUUAAAUUCGACCUUUUUCGUGGACGACACGAUCCGUCUCUCUCGCUCUCUCUCUCUCUCCGUCUCUCUCUGUUAAAAAAGCUUAAACCUUUCCCUUUCUCCUUUCAUUUUCUUCACUGUCGUCUCUCUUGUCUGCUGAAUCAAGAGCAAAAUCAAUGGAAGGUCACCACCACCACCACCCUCACUACAGCAUACCCGAGCUGCGGCAGCUCAUGAAAGGUGGCUCCGGAGGCGGAGGAGGAAGGCUGGAGUCAUCUUCUCCGUCGUCCCAUUUCCCCGUUGCGGCGGCGGCGGCGAUGAUACCGUCGGAGCACUUCGGCUUCAAUCUCGCACCGCAUCAUCCGCACCAUCGUCUUCAUCAGUUUGGAGAUCAGGAGAUGGGUUUCGUGCCACUUGGAAUUCAUGGGCUUUGCACCGAUUCGUCCGCUGCUGCGGCGAGUAACGCCAGUAACGCUGCUACCGUUAAUACCAAUCUCGCUAAUACCAGCGGUGGUGGUGGGUUUGGUGGGUUUCUUGACGGCGGAGACGGCGGUGGAUUCGGCGGCGGGGAUGGCGGAGGAAGCGGGAGGUGGCCGAGGCAAGAGACUCUGACGCUGUUGGAGAUCAGAUCUCGUCUUGAUCACAAGUUCAAAGAAGCUAAUCAAAAGGGUCCUCUCUGGGAUGAAGUUUCUAGGAUCAUGUCUGAGGAGCAUGGUUACCAUAGAAGUGGGAAGAAAUGCAGAGAGAAGUUUGAGAAUCUGUACAAGUAUUAUAAGAAGACCAAGGAAGGGAAAGCCGGGAGACAAGACGGCAAACACUACAGGUUCUUCCGACAGCUGGAAGCUCUCUAUGGCGAUCCCAACAACUCCGUUUCUUUGCCGGAAACACAGUUCACUGGCAAUAAUGCUCUUAAUCAUAAUUUUCAUCCUCCGUCAAGCAGCAUGAACACUAAUCCAGCGAACAUUAAUAACCCCGAGGCAGUGAUCAGUAGCCUUUACCCUCUCCAUCAGAAACUCUCGACCGAUAAUAGCCUCAGCCUCUCGAACAACUACAACUCGUCCGAGUUGGAGACUUCUUCAUCGGAUGACAAUGGCAACGACUCAACUCGGAGAAAGAGGAGGGGUUGGAGAGCAAAGAUCAAGGAGUUCGUAGAUAUGCAGAUGAAAAGGCUGAUGGAAAGGCAAGAGGCUUGGCUUGAGAAGCUGACCAAGACAAUUGAAGAUAAAGAGCAGCAAAGGAUGGUUACAGAAGAAGAGUGGAGGAGACUAGAGGCUGCGAGAAUCGACAAAGAACACUCCUUUUGGGCGAGAGAGAGGGAAAGGAUGGAAGCUCGGGACGUUGCCCUAAUCGAGGCCUUGCAGUGUUUGACGGGAAGGCCACUUAGGAAGGCGGCUUGUUCAUCUCCCGAAGAAAGGGAUCAUGGAAAUGAGAUCCAAAACCACAGCGAGAACCAAAACGAGAACGGAAGCGAUCAAACGACGACUAACAAUGUAUGUCUGAAAGGUGAUGUGGGUUGGACUAAGGCCGAGAUAAAAAAGCUUAUGGAGAUAAGAACAAGCAUGGAAUCGGGGUUUCAACAAGUGACGGCCGGCGGAUGCUCAGACGAGUUUCUGUGGGAGGAAGUAUCGGCCAAAUUGUCUCAUUUAGGGUUUGAUCAGAGAAGUGCCUUGAUGUGCAAGGAAAAGUGGGAGUGGAUCAACAACUGCACGAGGAAGGAAAACGAGCAACUGAACAAGAAAAGGAAGGAGAAUUCAUCCAACUGUGGCGUGUAUUUUCCGACAACUGAGGAAGAUCCGAUGUACAACAGCCAUGGAAGUGGAUAUAACAACAACAGAACUACCGAUCAUGAUCAGAAUCGGAUCAAUGGCGAUUCCUCGCCAUCAAACUCAAAUGUUGGAAAUCCGGACGGCGCAAUCGCUGGUAACGUGUGCUUCCCAUUCUUCAUGGGCGAUGGAGAUCAGAACUUGUGGGAAAGUUAUGGCGUGAGGCUAAGCAAAGGGGAGAACCAGUAAGUUUUCUUUGUUCUUUUUUACUCUCUCUAGUGAAGAAGGAGGAGGAGAAGUCAUGUGGUUGAUGUGGUUGACUAAUUCUUUUGGUUAGCUAUCUAAGACCUUAGACUUAUAUCAUGAUCCAUGUGCUUGAGGGGAAAUUGUUGGGGUUUUAAGUGGAUAAUAUAUAUCAAUGUAAGGGAAAACAAAUCUAAGAAUAAUAUACUGAACUAGCUAGGGUUUAACCGUUGUUUGUUUUAUGU